CCAGGCUUUUACAGUUGGUCCGUGCGCACCCUAGAAUAUCUAAAUAAGCGCGCGUCAUCAUUCAUCUAGGGAUCCCACAUGUUUUCAUCGUUGUUGAAAACCCUAGCCAGACGUUUAGCCGCGCUGCUAAAUGGUUGUUCCAGCUGUGCUACAAGUCUUGGGCAACCGACGAACGAACGGCGCCGUGCCGUCAUUCGGCAGACGUCUUUUGAUUAUCAAACGACCCCUCGUCUCCAUCCCCCACACGAGAUCCUCGGCCCCGAAACCACUUUCAUUGACUCGUCGGACGAGGAAAGCUCAUAUAUCCGUCAGGUCCCAUGGCGUAGAAAUGAUAUAUUUUCACUACGGGCAACAACAACGUCAAUGCGUCUCCAUUCAAUGGCAGAGCCGCUCCUCACUGCAAAUCCGCUGAAGAAUCAAACUGCGCUGAUCAUAAUUGCCAAUCGAGCGGUGAUAGUCGACACACAAGUACCUAUACAAGCACGAAUGGGUUAUUUAAUAUCAGCGAAUGCAGACGAAAUUGUGCCGUAUGAUGGAGUCGCAAGUGUACACAACUCUCACUUAUUCUCUUUGGGUGCCAUCGCAAUCUACAUACAUGACAUUGCUACAACAACACAAUCAGCGGCAUUCGGUGAAGACACGCCAAGGAAGCGAAAGACCUACUCGUUCAUUAUCCAGUCGCCCAACGUCCACAAAAUGUUGGUGACAGACUCUCCAGUUCCUUUGUAUGAUGUAUAA